AAAUGCAUUUUUAACUUAAUAUUUGUGCUGUUUGACUUUUAUCAAGUUAUAUUGUAACAUGAGACACUUGGACAUGAUAAAAGUUGGACGCGGUAAAAGUUAUCUUGAAAAUCAGAUGGCUAUGUACCAUAAUGUUUGGAUUUUCACAUCCUGGAAACUUUAAUAUGAUAAAAUAUCUGAUUUUUGCCAUUUUCCUGAUUUUUUUUAUUUAAGGGAUGCUUCUUCCUGGAAGAACUUCUCAGACCAGGACUUGCAUGUUUAUAUUCAGGCAGCCAUAUAUAUUUGAGGUUUAAAAUCCACAGGAUGCAUCUGAACAUGUUUCCAGUUAUGCCUCCAGCUGACCUACAGUACGAUCUAUCGAACAAGACAGGAUCAACUGCAAUUUGGCAAAAGCUGAUGACCAUGUUUGGAGCUAAGGAUUCUUGUCCUGGACAUUACUACUACAAUUCUAAUUGGAUCUCAGGUCUGCCUUAGAAACCUACAAUUCUAAUUGGCAAAAGAGGAUUGAAGAGUGAUGAAGAUGGUAGCAGCGCUGGACCAGAAGCUUGGGAAGGUCUCUACAACAAUGCCAUGAAUCCUAAGGCGAAACCAAGUGUUUUUAUAGUGGUAAAAUAUGCUGCAUAUCUGUAGUACCUUUUCCAUCAGUGGCUGAUGAUUGAGCUGUUCAAUUCGAUCCAUCUUUUUUGGUUUUAGGUUGGAGAAGUAUGUGUGAAGUUUAAAUGUUUCGAGAACUGCUGUUGCUGUUGGUAUUGUGACCCAUAAUACUGCCUCCAUAAACUAAUAGAGUCCUCAUAAAUCUGUGGUUGGGACCUCGCAACCUGUGCACCACAUGUUUGCUAAAAUUUCUUCACCUCCUACAAGACUGCCCAAGAUUCUGGAGCACAAAAGAGCGCGUCCUGGUCUUAUCUUUGCAUCGCCAAACGUGUCACCUUCUCAUUUCCAACCCCGCAAGCAAGCGAACAUAUCUGAGCGCCUUCGCUGCAACGUGCGCCGCUUGUUGCGUCCACGCCUUAUCCACCGCGCCACUUGGUUAACUGUUCGACGAAAAGCCCCAAAGAAGGGGUAAAAAUUUCGAAGGGAAGAUUACAACCCGAGAUCGAGGCGCCUGAGGAAGAAUGCCGACACCCGCGACCGCCACUACGACCACUCCUGCCCUCGCCUCCUCCAUAUUCUGUCGGUGCCCUCCCUUUGCUGUUCCCCCUCUUCCCCCGGCUGUCGCCUCCUCCCCGCCAGCGGCGAUCCUCGCCGCGCGCGCCCCGGUCGCCCAGCGGCGCGUCUCGUGCCAGAUCGUCGUCUCCACCGACCUCUCCUCGUCCUCGUCGGAGGUAGAAGAGGAGGAACAGCAGGCGGCGGAUAAGAUUGGGAAAAGGGUCCGGGUUAAGGUGCCUCUGAAGGUUUACCAUGUGCAGAAGGCGCCGGAGUUGGAUCUGAACGGCUUGGAAGGGGUAAUCAAGCAGUAUGUUGGGGUUUGGAAAGGAAAGAGGAUCUCCGCUAAUCUACCGUUCAAAGUCGAGUUCAAAAUCGACGUUGAAGGUCAACCUCGCCCUGUCAAGUUUUUCGCCCAUCUCAAGGAGGAUGAAUUCGAGUACUUGCCGUCCUCAGAUUGAGCAGAUGAUGUGUAAGUUCGAUAUAAAGAUGCCAGAUUCCAAAUUCGUGGCAAGCGAGAUGUUUUGAUGGAAUUUGGCAAGUACUCUUUCUUUAGCUUUCUGUUGAUAUGGUAAUACAUGUCUGUAUAUUAUUAUUUAGUGCAAGUAAAAAUGAAAAAGGCGAACAUUGAGGAUGCCAAGUUCCUUUCCGAAUAUGAUCUCUCUGUUUCAGCUGACAUUAUGAACUUCAUAAUUGUUGUUGUGAUCCAGUGGAUCCACAUAAUUUGUGUCUUAUUGUUGAUUUUGAUGCCUUCCAGCAUUUUUUCCCUUGCCAUAAAAACUUUAUUUGAAUAAGA